AUGCAACCACAGUCGGCAUCAACAGUCAACGACUAUGCAGUUUUUAAUUUCCUCGUGACAUUUGAUUUCAUCGUUCUUGGAAAUGUUGAAAAGAUGUUGUUGAAAUUCGAUGCAUUAAAUAUGAAUGAAAAAAAAGGGAGAAAUUUACGAUCUGACAUGGUCGUUUUCAAUUGCCAUCUUUUUGUUAUGGCAUUAAAAUUAAAUGAAAGACAAACGACCUUGCUUGCACACGAGUUAUGGGAAAGCCAAGAAAGAAAAAAAGAAAAUGUUGAAUCAACAUAA